CCUUUGCUAGAUUAAUCUAAGAAGCCCAGCUCAUGGGUGCAUUAGCGCGCGUAUGUAUCAUAAAAUUAAAUCUAAACAAUCAUUGACGGAAAGUACCAGUUCUUGCAGUUCUUCGCCCAUUUUCCAGGAACCCCAGCAGGUCCUUCUACCUGUGCGCUUGGCAUAGUAUAUAAAGGUGUCCCGUCGUUUGCCACAACUUAGUCGAACAUUUCUGUUUCCCGGAGCACAUCUCAUAGAGCAUCAUGGAAUCGCUAUUGGCCCAGUUAAACACUUGCAGUGAGCUGAUUGUGGAGGGCUACAGCAGCACCGGCAACAUUGGCUGGCUGAACGAGUUCUGCGCCACUUUCCUGGACUUCGCCAGCGAUCUGAAGGCCAGGCUGCCGGAGGUGGCGCCCAGUGGCGCCAACCUGGAUGUGGAGACUAUCUUCCUGUGCCUCACCCAGGUGGUAACCUGCAUCACUCACCUGGAGCGGACCAUCAGCAUGGAGGCACCGCAGAUGACCAGGCAGCACUUCCUCGACCGCUUGGACUGGUGCUUGCGGCGACUGCUCGUCUCCUUGACGCAACUGGAAGGCAACGUGACCCCAGACAAGAACCUAGAGGAUCACUCCUUUGUUGAGCUCAUGGACCUGGCUCUGGACCACUUGGAUGACUACAUGGAGAAGCUGGCCCAGCAGAGCAACAACUCGCUGCACAUUCUGGAAGAUAGCUUCACGGAGGACACCUACCAGCUGGCCAGCAUAGUUAAUCACAUCGUUCGCCACGCCCUGGCCUUUGCCAAUGUGGCCAUUCAGUCGGACAAGAAGGCUCUGACGGCUCUGUGCGAGACCUUGCUCGCCGAAUGUGCCACUUUCCACGAGGAGGCGGGCGAGCCCAACAGUGGUCAUCGGAAGCUGGAGGCCCUCUCCCUAGAACGGGCCCUCUAUGCCCUGGAAUCCUUUCUCAAUGAGGCGCUGCUGCACUUGCUGUUCGUCAGUCUGAUAGAUCUGGAAAACGCUUCAGUGGAGAAGCUAAAGGACGCACUGCAAAGGGAUCCUGCGGGAGCUCAAGAGCUAAUCUCCUCAUUCGACACCAACAUGGAUCGCAUUCAGCAGAUUGGGGUGCUUGCCAUAGCCUUCUCGCAGGACAUCAAAACGAAGACGAUUGUCAGGAGCUGCCUGGCUUCACUGGAGUCCCUGGAUGCCUGCAUUGUGCCCGCUCUCCAGCUGCCAGAGUCCGCUUCAUCCGCACACCACGCGGAGGUCUUGCAGGAGCAUUUCAACCAGGAACUGCUGAUCUUUCGGAACGUCAUCCAUGAAAUCAUCGAUAGCUGCUCCCUGAUCAACAACUAUCUGGACAUGCUAGGUGAGAGGAUCCAUGUCCAGGACAGAAGCCAUCUGAAGCUGAUUGUCCAGAGGGGCGGAGUGGUGGUGGAGCACUUUCGGCUGCCCGUCAAUUACUCGGGACUCAGUGAAGAUGGCAAGCGGGUGCACAAGGACCUCAUCCUGAUCCUGCGCGAGUGCCAGGCCGUGGUUAACCUGGAUAUCCCAGUGGAUCCUAAGCGCAUCGUGAAGCGCCUUAAAAUACUGUACUCCGUGCUGGCCAAGUUGAGGGAUUUGAUAUGCAAGGAUAACCUGGAGCCCGAUUCCUCAGUUGCCUCCAAAGCUCAAGUUCCCUCAAGUGCGACCCGAACUUUUGUGCGGAGCAGUCGAUCCAUUGGCAAACGGCAUCGAUCCUUUGUAAAACAAACCGGAAAUUGCUCAGUUUUCGGGCCACAGGACUCACUUGCUGAAUCCGGACACAGCGAAAGCGAUCUUAUUAGUUUCCAAAUCACUGAGAUUCUUAGGUUAGAUUGAGCGGGGCGAGCCAUAUUCUAAAUACUUGGGCUUGUCUAUAUGACAAUUUUAUUAUUGCUUCAUUGGCUUGAAGUGCUUAAUUAAAAUUAAACAUAUCCUUAUAAAGAUUCUAAGUAGGUACCAAUUGUGUUCUUUACACUUAUGUAAUUACUUCAUUAAGUUGAAGCCAUUCGCAUAAUUUAUAUAAAAUAAAAUUAAAACAUUAUAUUAUAAACAA